UACUCAUAUCCACUCACCAUCUCCCACCACACCCAACACAGCGUGCAAACUCCCCACAAGAACCAUCCCCCCAAAAACAAACCACACAACUCCACAUGACCAGCAGAAUGGCAUCACUACCCUCCUGCAUCUUCUGCAAAAUCAUCAAGGGCGAAAUCCCCUCCCUCAAACUCUUCGAAAGCGACAAAACCUACGCCUUCCUCGACAUCGGGCCCCUCUCAUCCGGCCACUCUCUCAUAAUCCCCAAACACCACGGCGCAAAGCUCCACGACAUGCCCGCCGACCAACUAACCGAGAUCCUGCCCGUGGCCGCGCGCAUCGCCCAGGCCGUCGGCUGCGAAGACUACAACAUACUGCAGAACAACGGGCGGAUCGCGCAUCAGGUCGUGGACCAUGUGCACUUCCACAUGAUUCCGAAGCCGAAUGAGGCGGAAGGGUUGGGGGUUGGGUGGCCGGUGCGGGAGGGGGAGGAGGAUAAGACGGAGUUGGCGCGGUUGUGUGAGCGGAUUCGGAGUAGGAUGUAGAUGUAGAUGUGGGAAAUGUAGGAGAUGGAGGGGGAUUCUUUGUGGACUACUUCGGGGUGGUUGAUAGGGGGAGAUGGGAGCGGCAAAAUCAUGCGUCUAGAGAGAGAGAGGGUGGAUGUAGUACGCGGGGCAGUCGUCUGAUUGGAAAGUAGUGUCGAUAAUGUCACAACUACUUGCUGCGCCAACGCUCUCUCCAUUCUCCCUACGAGUACGAGCGCCAUGCUGUUAUAUCCAGUGAAAUAAUCCCUUGUCCCUGCCCGCC